GUUGGUACCUCACUCACUAUGUUAGUGCAAAUGUGCGAGCCAACAAAACUCGCCUGGCCCUACCCCUGACGACCUGGAAGGCGGGGACUUCUGCAGGAUUCUGGCCUUUAUUGCUGAAGUGUAAUCAGUGCAGGCCCAGCCGGUCAAGAACACUUCUUCCAAGCGCAGCUGAUAAGCCAGUUGGUGUGGCCGAGACUCGGAUUGCGUGCCAAUUUCUGUCAAGGUUUCUGGUUGACCUCGGCAGUGUGGUGCGUGCAGACAAAAUAAUGGUUCCAAGGAGCCUCUGGUGACGCUCUGUUGUUUCCCAGUUACCCGCCACGGUGUCUCUUUUUAUUAAAGAUAAUAUUGGCUCGGCUGGAAGUUGGAACAUAAAAUGAUGAUAAAAUGAAUGGUGAUUCUCGAAACUGCUUUCUGCUUAGAGGAGGGCCAGUAAUUUUAGUAAGCCACAAGACUUUCCAGGGUCUAGGGUACAGGCUAGUGGGUGGAACUGAUCUCCUGACUUGGUUUUGGAGAAUCUGGAGGCUGGAGAGAAAAGCGGAGGCCGAGGUGGCCUCCUUGAACCGUAGGAUCCAGCUGGUAGAAGAAGAGCUGGACCGGGCCCAGGAGCGCCUGGCCACUGCCCUGCAAAAACUGGAGGAAGCCGAGAAAGCCGCUGACGAGAGCGAGAGAGGCAUGAAGGUGAUUGAGAACCGAGCCCUAAAGGAUGAAGAAAAGAUGGAGCUCCAGGAAAUCCAGCUCAAGGAAGCUAAGCACAUUGCGGAAGAGGCGGACCGCAAGUAUGAAGAGGUGGCUCGGAAGUUGGUGAUUAUCGAGGGGGACUUGGAACGCACAGAGGAACGAGCUGAGCUGGCAGAGUCUAAGUGUUCUGAGCUGGAGGAGGAGCUGAAGAAUGUCACCAACAACCUCAAGUCUCUUGAGGCUCAGGCGGAGAAGUACUCUCAAAAGGAAGACAAAUACGAAGAAGAGAUAAAGAUUCUUACGGAUAAACUCAAGGAGGCGGAGACCCGUGCUGAGUUUGCCGAGAGGUCAGUGGCCAAGCUGGAGAAGACGAUUGAUGACUUGGAAGAUGAGCUCUAUGCCCAGAAACUGAAGUACAAGGCCAUUAGCGAGGAGCUGGACCACGCCCUCAAUGACAUGACCUCUAUAUAAGCUGAAAUGCACCAAAGAGGAGCACCUCUGUACACAAAGGAUGCUGGACCAGACUCUGCUUGACCUGAAUGAGAUGUAGAGCACCCCAGUCCCGCCCUGCCGCUGCUCCUCCCCCUGACCCUGACUCCGCCUGAGGCCAGCCUGCCCGAAGCUGGCCUGGAAACUGAGGGCUGAUCUUUAACUGGAAGUCCGCUUUUUCCUUUUUGCCGCCUCUCCCACCCCAACCCCUGUAUCUUUUUCGCCAAACUGUCUCUGCCUCUCCCCUGAGAUUCCAGUCGGGCUUGAGGCCGAGCACCUUUGGGAACAACGUUUAAGGGAAUGUGAGCACAAUGCAAAGUGUCUUUACAAGCAUGUUGUGAUGUACACAUUUUGUAAUUACCUUUUUUUGUUGUUGCUGUAGCGACCCAUUUGUAAAACAUUCCUAAUAAUUCCACAGUUCUGAAGCAGCAGUCUUAGUCCUUCCUCACUUGGAAGGUUUGGAAAGUUAACUUUUCAGCCUAACGCACACUGCUCUCUCUGCAGAGGAGGGAGAGCGGCAAGGCCUGCCUGCCUACUGAGGGCCAGAGCCCCGAAAGGUACCCACUCUGGGAAGCUUCGUUGCUCUGUCCAAAGUACCGGCCAAAUUAGAAAGGUGAUUCCAGGAGGAGUUAGCCAAAAAAGUGUGGCUCAGGGUUUCAGCUUUAAGGUAUCUUUGAGCAACUUUAAUUUCUUUUCAUCAGAAGUGACCAAACAAAUUAAGAUGUGAGACCUCUGUCUGAGACCAAAUCCUUGUCCUAUCCUCACCCCUCUCUCUCCUAACCGCUCACAGACAUGGACCAUGUCCCCUUUAUGUUGAGGUGACCACUUAUUUGCUCUCCUGCCUCCUUGAAGGAAGAAAAGAAAAUUACGUGUUUGCCACUGAUUUAGCCACAUGAAACAAACUUAUCUCGUCGCCCUUCUCUGGGACUGAAGCUGCUGUCUCUAAAAGUGCCACGUCAUUGUGCUUUGUGUUAGUGCUGGAGAAAUCUUGAAUAGCUUACGUACAAAACCGUUUUUAAAUUUUAUAUUAUUUUGAAACUUUGCUUCUUUAGGGUUGGGGCACCUUGGCCACUCUGUCAGGCUGAGAACUGUACAGUCUGUGGGCUGACGGUGUGCUGAUCUUUUAAGUUUCUUUCCCUGCCCAAUCCCCCCUUUUGGUGAGGUUUCUGUGAGGUCUGUUAGGUGUGCAUCCGGCAGCUUCUUGGCUUACAAUGCACUCUCCUUUGGUGUGCUCUCUCCGGGGCCGAUUGAGAGAAAGAAACCAAUAGUGCAACUGUUUUGAUACUGAAAAUUGACAACUGUCUUUUUGAAAUAAAGAACCAGUCCCUCCAA